GUAUACUGUUAGUCAAAGGUCUGGCUACGUGAGAAUAUGUGUGUGUUUCCUUUGCCAAUCAGAAGUGAGGAGCUUCCAACAGUACAUGCCCUUGUAUGUGUACACACACAUACACACACACAAUUAAACAAAGGCAUACAGCCUUACAGGAAAAUACCCAAACCCACCCUCACUUGCACGCAGUGUUACAGGAUAAACACACUUCAUCUUGCCUUCCCUCACAAUUGCUGCCUCUGAUGCCUCGUCUCGCACAUAGUCACAAAAUUCUCCACAUUUCUUGCCAGUUCUGUUCCUGUCUUCUCCACAGAAUAUCCCCACACUCUUUAGGCUCAUUGUGUGAAGUGGAAGAGAUGUGUGGCUUUGCUUUCUGUGCCUCAGAGAGACGUAGAGUCUAUAUAAUAUACCCCGGCUCUUCCAGAGCAGCAUACUGUACAGAUGGCCUCCCCACAGGAGCUGGAACAUGUCCCCAAAAACACUGGAUCAACACUAAAUAUCCUGAAGAUUAUCAGCCACCGAUAUGGAAAUCCUACUUGUACCAGCUACAGCAGGAAGCACCAAGACCAAAGAGGAUCACAUGUCCUCAGGAGAUGGAAAGCAGACCCAAAUACUAUGGAAGAGAGUUCCAUGGUCUGAUUUCCAGAGAGCGUGCCGAUGAACUGCUGGCUGGGACAGAAGGUGCUUACCUCAUCAGAGAGAGUCAGAGACAAACAGGAACAUAUACACUUGCUUUGAGAUUUGGUGGCCAGACUUUGAACUACCGACUCUUUUAUGAUGGAAAGCACUUUGUGGGAGAGAAACGUUUCGAGUCAGUUCACGAUCUGGUUACAGACGGCCUCAUUACUCUCUAUAUUGAGACAAAGGCAGCAGAAUACAUCGCCAAGAUGACCACAAACACCAUCUACCAGCAUCUGGGCUACACCUCUCUCCUGAGGGACAAAAUCACUCAACGACUCAACCGAACCUGCUCUGAGCCCAAAAAAGUUACUUUCCAGCAGGAUGAAAAGAUCAGCCCGUCACCACUGAGCAGACGGACCACAAUCAAGGACGGACCGGAGAAACACUGCAACUAUGAGAAGAUCCACAACUUUAAGGUGCACACCUUCAGAGGGCCGCACUGGUGUGAAUACUGCGCAAACUUCAUGUGGGGUCUUAUCGCCCAGGGCGUCCGUUGCUCAGACUGCGGGCUGAACGUGCACAAACAGUGCUCCAAACUAGUGCCCAGCGACUGUCAGCCGGACCUCCGCAGGAUCAAGAAGGUCUUCAGCUGCGAUCUCACCACACUGGUCAAAGCCCACAACACGCCACGGCCGAUGGUUCUGGACAUGUGUAUCAAAGAGAUUGAGCACAGAGGUUUGACAUCAGAGGGUCUCUACAGAGUGUCAGGCUUCACAGAACACAUUGAAGAUGUCCGGCUGGCCUUCGAUAGAGAUGGUGAGAAGGCAGACAUCAGUGCCAAUAUGUACCCAGACAUCAAUAUAAUAGCUGGAGCUCUGAAGCUUUAUUUGCGAGAUCUGCCCAUUUCAGUUAUCACAUAUGACGUCUACUCCAAAUUCAUACAAGCAGCCAAAAUAACAGACCCUGAUUCUAGACUGGAGGCAGUUCAUGAUGGUCUUCUCCAGCUUCCUCCUGCCCACUAUGAGACCCUGCGGUAUCUGAUGACACACCUGAAGAGGGUCACCAUGUACGAGAAGGACAAUUACAUGAACUCAGAGAACCUAGGAAUCGUUUUUGGCCCGACGCUCAUGCAGCCCCCGGACCAGAACACACUCGCCACUCUCAACGACAUGAGAUACCAGAAACUGAUAGUUCAGCUCCUGAUAGAGCAUGAGGACAUCUUGUUUUAAACAGCUGAAAUGAAGACAUCUUUUAAAGACUUUAAAGAGCGUGUACAUUUUAAAAAGCAGCCUGCCACACAUUUCAAAGACGUGUUUCCUCUUCAGAUUUUGCGUAGAAAAUUUGGACUAAAAAAUUGCACAUUUCACUCAAUGUGUUUCAAUCCCCCAAACAAAUACUGUUAAGCAUGGAGUAAAUAAACAUUCGUGCUGAAUACAGAGUUAAUUAUUAUUGAUGGGCAUUUUGUUUAAAGGAAUAGUUCACCCAAAAAUUUAAGUUUGCAGAAAAUUUUGAUGUAGAUGAG